GAAUGGGGAGAGUGUAUGUGCCAAUUCGAGCUUCUUGAACAUUUUUAGCGCGAAAUUUGUGGACAAGUCGCGGAGUCUCCAUAUAUUUUACAAUACGCCCAUUUUAUCCCAUGCAACUGAUGUACCCUGCAAUUCCCAAGUGACCACAGCAGCACUUAAACAAUCUCAAGUUCUACUGUUCCAGUCGUGCUUGCACGUUGGAGCGACGAUGGUCAAUCUUAGCGAGGUGAAAGGAAACACGCGCGACAACAGGACCGCGGCGCAUACACAUAUCAAGGGUCUGGGAUUACGGUCUGAUGGCACUGCUGAGACCUCUGGACAUGGCUUCGUUGGCCAAAUGGCCGCGCGUGAGGCUUGUGGUGUUGUCGUCGACCUCAUCAAGGCCAAAAAGAUGUCGGGACGAGCAGUACUGUUAGCGGGCGGCCCAGGCACUGGAAAGACAGCAUUGGCACUGGCAGUAUCGCAAGAACUUGGGACGAAAGUGCCAUUCUGUCCGAUUGUUGGCAGCGAAGUAUAUUCCACCGAGGUUAAGAAGACAGAAGCGUUGAUGGAAAAUUUCAGAAGAGCAAUCGGCCUGCGCGUUCGCGAAAUGAAAGAAGUCUACGAAGGCGAAGUCACAGAACUCAUUCCCGAAGAAGCAGAGAAUCCACUAGGAGGCUACGGCCGCACUAUUUCCCACCUCAUAAUCACACUCAAAUCCGCCAAAGGAACGAAGAAAUUGCGGUUAGAUCCCAGCAUAUACGAGGCCAUUCAGAAAGAGAGAGUUACUGUGGGGGACGUAGUCUACAUCGAAGCAAACACCGGCGCAUGCAAACGAGUCGGUCGAUCCGAUGCGUAUGCGACCGAGUUCGACCUAGAGGCUGAAGAAUACGUGCCAGUCCCCAAAGGAGAGGUACACAAGAAGAAAGAAGUCGUGCAAGACGUGACGUUACAUGAUCUCGAUAUCGCCAACGCGCGGCCUCAGGGUGGUCAGGAUGUUAUGAGUAUGAUGGGCCAGCUGAUGAAGCCGAAGAAGACGGAAAUCACAGACAAACUGAGGGCCGAGAUCAACAAGGUGGUCAGCAAAUAUAUUGACCAGGGCGUCGCGGAGCUCGUCCCUGGUGUACUCUUCAUCGACGAGGUCCACAUGCUCGACAUUGAAUGCUUCACCUACCUCAACCGCGCUCUCGAAUCUCCCAUCUCUCCAAUCGUCAUUCUGGCUUCGAACAGAGGAAACACCGUCAUUCGCGGCACCCAGGACAUUACGGGCGCUCACGGAGUGCCGCCGGAUCUAUUGGCCCGCUUGCUCAUCAUUCCCACGCAUCCGUACAAUGCGUCUGAAGUCCAGACGAUCAUUCGUCUCCGCGCAAAGACCGAAGGACUCUCAAUUUCGGACGCUGCUCUGCAGAAAGUUUCCCAGCAUGGCACGAAUGUCUCAUUACGCUACGCCUUGCAGUUGUUGACGCCCAGCAGCAUAUUGGCCAAGGUCAAUGGGAGACAAGAAAUCGCUCCUGAGGAUGUGGCGGAGUGUGAAGAUUUGUUCAUCGAUGCCAGGCGGAGUGCGAAGGUUGUGGAAGCUGGAGGUGGGGCAUUCAUCAGCUGAAAUGACACGAAGAUGGUGUCUGAGAAAUAGCACCUGCACCAGGAAUAGGAGACACCGAGCGUUGGCCUGCUGCAUUCAGUCUGGAUGGAGGUCGACAAGGUCGUCGCUGUUACUGUGCUCGGAUGGACGACCACCACACCAGAUUGAUGUUGUCACACUAUCAAGGCUACGCCGCCGCUGUGACCACCGGUGUCGUUCGCUCUUCGGACGUUGAGAGGCGACAAAGGCGAUUGGAAGCAUCUACAAUGACGGGAUGGCAGACAGAGUACGACGACCACUAGGACAGAUGCGAGA